AUGCUUCAUAUCCCGCCUGAAGGAACAAAUGAUAGUCCCGCUGAAAAGACUGUAAACACUACCAUAUUGACUUCGUCAAAAGGAGAUUGGAGGGAUAGAGGAAGGGAUUUGCAGACUUGUUUUCCUCUCGUGCCAGUUAUCGUCUCCAAGAAUGGAAUUACCGUGAGAACUGUCGCUCUAUUGGACUCCGCCAGCGAGAUUACUGUCAUCCAGAGCUCAUUGGCGGAACAGCUGAAUUUGAAAGGUCGCUCAGUUCCACUUACGCUCAAGACUCUCGGACCAGAUGUUACCAAGACGUCACGUAUCGUAUCAUUCCAAGUGAAGUCCGUGGAUGAUCCUGAUGCAAAACCCUUGAGUGUAGUUGAUGCCAGGAUUUUAGACAUUGCAAGCUUUGAGACGCCGCCACAGAAGAUACAGCCCGAGUGGGAACAUCUGUCACAUCUGCCACUGAGAGAUAUUGAUGCUUCAGAUGUUAAACUACUCAUCGGCGCGAAUGUUCCAGAGGCACAUAUAACCAACGAAGUGGUGAUUGGAAACAAGCACCAGCCGUACGGAACACGCUCUCAACUAGGCUGGUCCAUCAUUGGAUUGACAGAAAAGUCAAAAGUAGAUCGUGUCUCUAAAAAGAUACUCUGCACUCUCAAGAAAGACGACCAGCUGCUCGAGAGUGUCGAGCGAUUUUGGAAUACAGAGUCGUUCGGCACUACAUGCAGUGAAUCGGAGCCGAUGUCACUGCAGGAUAGGGCGGCAGCUAAACAGUUAAAGGAGAAAACCAGUCUGUUGGAAAAUGGUCACUAUGAAGUUCCCAUGCUGUGGAAGUCGGAUGAAUUGACAUUACCCAACAACUUUGCUGUAGCUAUGCGCCGGUACAACAGCCUAGAGAGACGUCUUCACAGAGAUCCUGAGUGUAAGAGGAUGUAUAUGAAAACCAUGGAGGGUUACAUCAGUAAAGGACACGCAGUGAAACUGACCCAAGAAGAUAAGGCGAAAUCUUUCGAGAGGACAUGGUAUAUUCCACAUCACGGCGUGACUAAUCCAAACAAACCAGGAAAGGUUAGAGUUGUCUUCGACGCGGCUUCCGAGUUUCAAGGUCAAUCGCUAAAUGACAGCCUCCUCACCGGACCAGACUUGCUGAAUAACCUUUUCGGAGUGUUGCAACGGUUUAGGCUAUACCGGGUCGCUGUGGUUGGAGACAUCGAGGGUAUGUUUCACCAGGUAUACGUGCCAAGGAGUGAUGCUGACUCAUUGCGGUUCCUUUGGAAAGAAGACCCUACCUCACCCGGACCACCGGACACCUCGAUGAUGGUUGUUCACAUAUUUGGCUCGAAGGACUCCCCAACCUGUUGUAACUACGCCUUACGUCGCACAGCUGAAGAUAACAUCAACGCUUUCUCCAAGAUGGUUAUACAAGCUUACCUGAAAGACUAUUACAUGGACGAUCUCGUUUCGAGCAUCCAGUCUGUUACAGUAGCGAUGAGCUUUGUAGAUGAGGUAAUCGAGCUGGGGAAAAGGGGUGGAUGGAGAGUUCACAAGUUCAUCUCUAACUCCAAAGAGGUCAUGCAACACAUCCCAGAGACAGAGAGGGCCAUCCAGCCCCCUGGACCUAUUGAAUUCGGUCGGGUGCAGCGAGCACUUGGUGUCGGAUGGGACGUAGGAAAGGCCUUCCUACGCUAUACUUUGGAGGGGGGAAGGAUCGUGUGCUCAUUCCUCGCAGCGAAGACGCGUGUAGCGCCCAUAAAGCCUCAACUCUCGAUUCCAAGGCUGGAACUACAGGGAGCAGUAUUGGCAGUCAGGCUAGCUGAAACGUUGAUGAGGGAGUUGCAACCAAUCAAUAUCACGAGACGAAUAUUUUGGACGGACUCCACCACAGUACUCGCCUACAUACGCAAUGAAAGCAAGAGGUUCAAACCAUUCAUCGGAAAUCGUGUGGCAGAGAUAAGGGAGUUCACCCAAUUUGAGGAAUGGAGAUACAUCCCAACUGCCCAGAAUCCAGCGGACUAUUGCUCACGGGGGAUGAAGGCUGAUGACCUGACCAUGGAACACGCUUGGUUUACAGGACCAACGUUCCUAUCAAAAGAUGAGCAAGAUUGGCCUGAACAGGUCAUCCCGAACAGCCAACUGAAACCUGAUGACCCUGAAGUGAGGAAAGCCGCUACUGCCUCAGUCUUGCUGAUCGGAGAGAAAUCUGAGAAGUUCAUCUAUCGAUACGAAUUCGAAAUCGCAUCAUUGGUGAAGGUGGAUUAUUUCAGCACAUGGCGAGGUCUAGUCAGAAGAACAGCGUGGAUCCUGAGGGCCUACCGGAACUUUGCGUCAAAAUUGCCAAGACUUGGAGUAAAGGCCAUUACAUCAUCAGAGAUAACAGCAGAGGAGUGGGAGGACGCUGAGCAUCUGUGGAUACAGCACGCACAAAGGGAGGCCUAUCCCGAGGCCUGGAGAGAGCUAAAGGAAGAUGGUAUGCUUAGCCCAAAGCAUCCAUUGUCGCCACUGCAGCCGUUUCAUGAUGGGAUCCAUCUACGCGUAGGUGGCCGGCUAAGGAAAGCAGAUAUCAAUCAAGAAGCCAAGCAUCAGUUGCUGCUACCGAGAAAUCGUCUGACCAAGCUGUUACUACAAGACAUCCACUCGUCACAAGCCCACUGUGGAAGGGAACAACUAAUAGCUGAGACACGACAGAAGUACUGGCCUUUACAGGGAAGGACCACGGCUAGAUCGGUCAUUAAGGAUUGUAUUACAUGUCGGAGGAAACGCCUGAAGCCCGUUCAGCCUAUGAUGGCCGAUCUACCCACCUGCCGACUCAAUGCUGCUGCUGGCGCCUUCUACCAUACGGGGAUUGACUACUUUGGCCCAAUUGUAGUCACACAGCGGAGGUCUUCAGUGAAGCGCUGGGGGUGUCUUUUCACUUGUAUGAGUGUCAGAGCCGUCCACCUCGAACUAGCGGAUUCCCUGUCUACAGACGACUUUCUACUAUGCCUGCGUCGAUUUAUUGGCAUGAGAUCACAACCAAGAAGAAUCUUCAGCGAUAACGGGACAAAUUUCGUCGGGGCGAAUACAGAAUUGCGUCGAUGUCUUCAACAGCUUGACCAUGACAAGAUACUACAGUACGUCACGCCACUGAAGAUAGAAUGGUACUUCAAUCCGCCGACAGCGCCACACUUCGGUGGUGCCUGGGAGCGCCUCGUCAGAUCCGUGAAGAAGGCCCUGUCAACUGUGAUCGCUAAUGUCCAAGUUAGCGAGGCUGUCCUGAGAACUGCUCUAGUGGAGGUCCAGGCCAUAGUCAACAAUAGGCCUUUGACCUACGCUAGCGAAGAUGUCAACGACUUCGAGGCCCUGACGCCCAAUCACUUCAUCUUUGGGCGUGCCGCCGAGGGGCUGUCACCUUGCCGAGAUGACGACCGUGAUAUCAACAGCCGCCAGAGAUGGAAGCGUGUACAAGUGGUAGCCAACCGAGUCAACCAGAGAUGGCUGAAGGAGUACCUCCCCACCUUGACGCUACGCUCCAAAUGGCGUCGGGAUGGUGAGAUAGUUGCUGCUGGUGAUCUUGUCACCCUAGUCGACGAUAAGCUGCCCCGAGGAUCCUGGACUCUUGCCAGAGUAAUCCAAGUCUACCCUGGAGACGACGGAAUCAUUCGGACGGUGAAGGUCAAGACAGCUGAUGGCACCUACGUACGACCGGCUAACAAGGUGUGCAUACUGGAGGAGAGUGCGAGGACGGAAAGCAAAUGGCCAGAAAACCUUGGUAAAAAAGCGCUCUAUCUUAGAGCCAAAUUCUGGUAA